CGCUUAGAUUGUUUGACAGGGGAAGUCCAAUGCGUGAUGAUUUGAGAGAUCUGCUGUAUGCAUGGGUGGUACAGCGUUCGGACGAGGGAAGAGGUUAUGCACCUUAUAUAAAUCUCAUCGCGGCUACUCUACUCGUCUCAUCUCCUCCUCCGACUGCCUUUCAUACUCUGAUCAACCUCCUCUCUAGACCAUGUCUCCAUGCAUUUUUCACAGAUACGAAAGACGAGAUUGAUGCCUUCUACCGGGUUUUCGAAAACCUACAGGCGGAUAGGUUUCCUAAGAUCUUCGCGAAUUGUAAGAAUUUAGGGCUCAGAUUACCGGAGAGUUAUUUCAGAUCGAUGUUGGUGGAUCAAGUGCCCUUUGAGGCUUGUUGCAGGUUGUGGGAUCAGAUCUUGCUGGAUGGCGAUGGCUACAUAUUCCGUGCUGCCCUCGCUAUAAUAGGAUUCCUCGAGCCAAGACUUUUCUAUCCCGACCGAGAAGAAAUUCUCUCCAUCCUCGAAGGUCGGAAUCGCGCCACGUUAGCUAUCACGGAACGUGAACGAGAGCGAGCUCGACUUCGCGGUGAAGUGUACCAAGAAGGAUUGGACGGUAAGUUGAGCGUGUUCGGAUUGAACGAAGAUGCCUUGUUCGGAUGGUUAGCAGAUGAUGGAUGGAGAGAAGCGAGGUUUGAGAGGUUGGUAGUACGUGAGAUGCCCGAUUAGUGUUUAGUAUGAGGUGAUGGUGAGAUCUGGUGAUAUAAAUGCAUGAUUGCUUGCAUCC